GUGAUCACUAUAUUUCAGAACCCUUUAUUAAAAGUGAAGCCUGAGCCACCUGGUGACUUACAAGAUGAUGAAGCUCUUUUAGGGUUCAGUGAGACUGAUGUUGAUGUUCCAGAUAGUUCAAAAAAUGAAGUUUUUAGUGUGAAAAAAGAAAAUGAAUUCCAUGAAGAAUUACAUCAAUUUGACCAUGAAUUAGAAGAUAUAUUUGGUUCAAAGCUCUGUAUCAACAGCCAUUGUAGAAGGCAAUUUCAUAAUUAUAAUUUUUUCAUACAAGAAAUUUCCAACACAAACAUCUAUUCUCAGUCACCAAGCUGUGAAAAUGGUUUUGAUAAAACAUUUUCUAGGGAAAAUAAUGUAAAAAGAUGUCAGAUUCCCUACAUUGGAGAUGCACCAUACAGUUGUGUAAUGUGUGAAAAAGAAUUUGGAACAAAAAGUGAACUAAAUAUACACCAGUCUAUACAUACUAUAGAGAAAACAUAUAGAUAUGUAGUAUGUGGUAGAGAAUCUGGAAGUACCAGUCACCUGAACAGACAUAAAAACAUUGAUACUGAUGAAAAACCAUACAGCUGUGUAGCAUGUGACAAAGCAUUUGGAAGUAAUAGUGACCUAAAUAAACAUAAUAACAUACACACUGAGGAGAAACCUUAUAUCUGUGUAGUGUGUGGAAAAGAAUUUGGAACAAAUAUUAAUCUAAAAACACACAUGAGAAUACACAAUGGGGAGAAAUCAUACAGCUGCGUAGUGUGUGAGAAAAAAUUUAGAAGAAAAAGUGACCUAAAAAUACAUCAGCGGAUACACACUGGAGAAAAACCAUAUAGGUGUGAAGAGUGUGGCAAGGAAUUUGGAAGAAGUAGUCACCUGAACAGACAUAAAAAAACUCACACUUGUCAAAAGGUUCAUAAUUGUAAAACAUGUGGCAAAGAAUUUGAAAAAAUAAGUUAUUUAAAAUUACACCUGAAACUACACACUGGCGAAGAACCAUAUAGCUGUGUAGUGUGUGGAAAAGAUUUUGUAAGUAAUAAUGACCUAAAGAAACAUAAUAGUAUACACACUGGGGAGAAACCUCACAGCUGUUUAGUGUGUAAGAAAGAAUUUGCAAAAAAAAGUGACUUAAAAGUACAUCAACGAAUACACACUGGAGAGAAACCCUACAGCUGUGAUGUAUGUAGCAAGAAAUUUGGAAGAAGUAGUCACUUAAAAAGACAUCAGAAAAUUCAUAGUGGUGAAAAACAAUAUAAUUGCAUAGUCUGUGACAAAAAAUUUAGAACUAUGGACCACUUAAAGAGACAUCAGAGGAUUCAUAGUGAUGAAAAACAACAUAAUUGCAUAGUCUGUGACAAAAAAUUUAGAAAUAUGAACCACUUAAAAAUACACCAGAGACUACACAUUGGGGAAAACCCGUACAGUUGUGUAUUAUGUGGAAAAGAAUUUGCAAGUACUAUUGACCUAAAAACACAUAAUAGGGUACACACUGGGGAGAAACCCCACAGCUGUUUGGUGUGUGAGAAAGAAUUUGUCAGAAAAAGUGACUUAAAAGUACACUAUCGGAUACACACUGGAGAGAAACCCUACAGCUGUGAAGUGUGUGGCAAGGAAUUUGGAAGAAGUAGUCACUUAAAAAGACAUCAGAGAAUCACACUGGUGAAAAACAACAUACCUGUAUUCUCUGCAACAAAAAGUUUAGAACUAAGAGCCACUUAAAAAUACACCAGAGGAUACACACUGGAAAGAAAAAACCAUAUGGAUUGUAGUGUUCAGCAUGGAAUUAUUCAUUUAUAAAGGCACCAAAAGAUUCAUUCUGCUGAGACAUGACAUUAAAAUAUUCAUUCUUAUGAUGUAGAAUAUCAGAGGUUACACACACUGCAGCAUAAUGAUACAGUUGUAUAGUGUGUAUGAGAAUUUGUGAAAGAAGUUAUUACUUAAAAAUGUGGGAUAAUAUCGCAUUUAUAUAGUGUGUGUAUAGCAAAAAAUUUGUAAGAAGCUAUUAAUUAAAAAUAUGUCAAAUAUCACAAUUAUAUGUUCUGUGUCAAAAUAUUUAUAGGAAGUUAUUAAUUUAAAACAUACCAAAUAUCCACAGUGAAAAAAACCAUCCAUUUGGUAGUAUGUCUAAGAAUUUGAAUGACAUGGUGGCCUCAAAAGAUGAGUUGUUAAACACUGGGAGAAGUAGUUCAGUUGCAGUGUGCUUUUAAGAGAGAAGUAACUAGAUGUAGUCUCUAACAAGCAUCAUAUUAUUCACAGUUGAGGUAAAUCAUAGAGCUGUUAAGUUUAUUAGAAAGACAUUGUUACCCAAUUUUUGUAGAUGUCUUAGGCAAUAUUAAGAAGAACAAACUGCAUUAUAUCACUUAUGGUCAAAAUUAAACAUUAGAUUGAAGAGUAUCUGGCAAAUAAUUUAAUAUAAUUGAAAACCUAAGCAAUAACACUAUAUGAUAUUAAAACUCAACAACAGUAUUAACAUACUACAUCAGCCAUUAAGUUUACUUAUAUGUGAUGAAAGUCAAUGGAUUUUAUUGUUUAUUGGCCUAAAACUGGUUUCAUAAAGUAGUGGAAUGGGGUAAUCUUUGUCCUUAUGGAUUUGUUUUUCCUCAAACCUUUUCACUUACUACCAAUAGCACAAAGUCUUGUAUGAAAAUAUACAUAAAAUGUGUAUUGUUAUUAGUUACUUGUAUGAUGGAGUUAUUGUUAGAAAUCCAUGAAAAGACUAAACAAAUACGUUGUUUACACUUGACUAAAUACUUCCUUUAAGAAGUGUGAGUUCUUGACUCUUGUCUGCCUACUUUAAUAUGUGGUUGAUUCUUAUUCUCUUUGUAACUUGUUCACUUCUUGGGCAGGAUUUGCAUAGGUCUUAAAGUCUUUAAAUUUAAAAUCAGUUUUGAAACCUGUGAUGUUCUUAGAUUCUUGAAAAAGGCAUAAGCCGAAAUGUCGGGAAGAAUAAAAAAGCUUUUACCUGAAGUUGUUUGUCAUCUUCAUCGCAAUUUAAACUGGUAAUAAUCGUGAUAUGAAAAGAUUAUUCAGGUAUAUGUAGUACCUGAAUGUGAUAUGUAAAUGUUCUGUAUGUAUGUAUAUAUUAAUUACACUGGUUAUAUUCUGUGUGGUGACUGCUAGAGCCCUGUAGGUGUGAUUAUAUUAUUAGUCUGAAAGUCAUUAAGUAGCAGCAGGAAUUUUUCUGACUUUCAGACUGGCAUGACAGUGAAUGGCCAUUUAUCAGGGAGAUUUGUCAUCAGGGUCUGUCAACACUAGUAUUUGAAAAGGAAAUUACCAAUAGAAAGUAUUUGAGCCAUGCUUGGAAUUUAGCUACAUAUGUUGACCAUUGUUCUAUUGUUAAAACUAAACAGAUGUGUAUGUGCAAAAAACAUUUUUUAAAUUUUUAGUAAACAAUUUAUGUUCACUGUACUAAAUAAAGGAGGUGGGAAAUACUAAAUAUGCUUUUAUGUGCACAUAUUAUUGCCUUCAGGCCAUCCAUAAUUUUGAAGUAAAAUUAAAAUGCAAUAAAAAAAAUGUAUGCAUUGGUCAUGAAACUUGUGUAACUUUUGUUCCUGUAAAAUACUUAAAAUCAAUACAUGCAGAGACAGUGGACAAUACAACCUUUUAUCAUGGAUACAAAUUAUAGUUAUAUAACACAAAAAUGCCCUUUAACAAAUAUAGAUGCUUCAGCUUGAAUUGCAGGAUUUCUAUUAAAAUCACAAUGGUGAUAUGAAAAUACUUGAAUGCACACUAUAGAUUUGUGUAUAUUAGUUAAUUAAUAUAUACCUAUCUAUGGCAUACACAUACACACAUGUGUAUGUAAUGAUCUUGAAACAGCUCAC